AUGAUGAUGAAAUUGCUUCGUUUCAACUUCAAAGCGAACAUGCUAGCGUGGAGUCAGAUUUUCGCUCAAGCGCUCGGAUUCCGUAUGAACUGGGAUGAACCACCCGACACAUUCCAUCCUUAUAGAAACCAUUACAUACAUAGAAGAACUAUUUACAGUCACAUGGAGACAUUGUUGGAUAAAAACGGCCUGAAUGGAUUUCAGUGCGUCCGGCGAGCCAUUUGCGAAAUGAAAACGAUCGACGAACCACGAAAUAUAUACCACAAACUUUUAAAAAUGGUGUUCAGGCAACAGUCGUCAGCGACAGACAAAUGGCAUAACAGCACCCAAGACUGCGACCAAUCUUUGUCCACGUGUCCAUUUUCAGUGCUUGAUGUAUCGCUUCAUACCGACCUUACGUAG